CCCCGUCACCCUCUGCCUUUUCUGCUCCUCGGAGUCAACAGCUGCUGCAGCUCGAGCCUUAGCCGGCUUCCCUUCCUAGCACCUUCCCCUCCCCUGCCCCCCAGCGGUGCUGGUAGCCCCUCCUCCUCGCACCUGCCCAAAGGUCACGGGACAGCAGUGGGCACCCUAGCAAUAGCAUCGCUGCCAAGAGGACUUGCGGUCGCCUCUCAUCCCUGCAAAGGGAUGAGAAAGGGGAGGAGCAGCUGGGAAGGAGAUGGACCGGCUUGGUUGGAGCCUUUAGCCUAGCCUGCAGGCUGAAGGAUGGCAGAGGCUCUCUGUUUAAUCUAAUCACACCCUCCCCCAGAGGCAUUUGCCUGGCCUUUCCUUUUACCGCCGGCUGGAAAGGAGGAGCGGUCAGGCCCCAGUUCCUAGAGGCUGCGUCUCUGUGACUGCCACCGCAGGAACCUGCUGGAACCCCGGGCCAGGGAAAGGCAAUGCCAAGAAGCUGGUGACGGCCAUCUUCUUCUCCGCCAUGGCUGACGGCAUUAAGUAUGAAGUGGCCUCCCAGCAGGAGGGGGAUGCUCCCCCCUCCGCCGAUGAAGCCAGCCCAGGGUCGGAGCAGGUAAAGCUGAAGAAGGAGAUCUCGCUGCUUAAUGGCGUGUGCCUGAUUGUGGGGAACAUGAUUGGCUCGGGCAUCUUUGUCUCCCCCAAGGGCGUGCUCAUGUACAGUGCCUCCUUUGGCCUCUCUCUGGUCAUCUGGGCUGUUGGGGGCCUCUUCUCCGUUUUUGGGGCCCUUUGUUAUGCGGAAUUGGGCACCACCAUUAAGAAAUCUGGGGCCAGCUAUGCCUACAUCCUCGAGGCCUUCGGGGGAUUCCUUGCCUUCAUCCGACUCUGGACCUCACUCCUCAUCAUCGAGCCCACCAGCCAGGCCAUCAUUGCCAUCACCUUUGCCAACUACAUGGUGCAGCCCAUCUUCCCGAGCUGCUUCGCCCCCUAUGUUGCUGGGCGCCUGCUGGCCGCUGCCUGCAUCUGUCUCUUAACCUUUGUUAACUGUGCCUACGUCAAGUGGGGAACGCUGGUACAAGAUAUCUUCACCUAUGCUAAAGUAUUGGCGCUGAUUGCUGUCAUCAUCGCGGGCAUUGUUAGACUUGGCCAGGGAGCCUCAACGCACUUUGAGAAUUCUUUUGAGGGUUCAUCAUUUGCAAUGGGUGAUAUUGCCCUGGCACUGUACUCGGCUCUGUUCUCCUACUCGGGCUGGGACACGCUCAACUACGUCACCGAAGAGAUCAAGAAUCCUGAGAGGAAUCUGCCCCUGUCCAUUGGCAUUUCCAUGCCCAUUGUCACCAUCAUCUACAUCUUGACCAAUGUGGCCUAUUACACCGUGCUAGACAUGAGGGACAUCCUAGCCAGUGAUGCCGUUGCUGUGACUUUUGCAGACCAGAUUUUUGGAAUUUUCAACUGGACGAUUCCGCUGGCGGUUGCAUUAUCCUGCUUUGGUGGCCUCAAUGCCUCCAUUGUGGCUGCCUCUAGGCUUUUCUUUGUGGGUUCAAGAGAAGGCCAUCUCCCUGAUGCCAUCUCCCUGAUUCAUGUUGAGCGGUUCACACCAGUACCUGCUCUGCUCUUCAAUGGUAUCAUGGCACUGAUCUACCUGUGUGUGGAGGACAUCUUCCAGCUCAUUAACUACUACAGCUUCAGCUACUGGUUCUUUGUGGGGCUCUCUAUUGUGGGUCACCUUUAUCUGCGCUGGAAGGAGCCUAAUCGGCCUCGUCCCCUCAAGCUCAGCCUCUUCUUCCCCGUGGUCUUCUGCCUCUGCACCAUCUUCCUGGUGGCUGUGCCACUUUACAGCGACACCAUCAACUCCCUCAUCGGCAUUGGCAUUGCGCUCUCAGGCCUGCCCUUCUACUUCCUCGUCAUCCGAGUGCCAGAACACAGAAGACCUCACUGCCUCCGAAGGAUUGUGGCAUCCGCUACAUGGUACCUCCAGGUCCUAUGUAUGUCAGUUGCUGCAGAGAUGGAUUUGGAAGAUGGAGGAGAGAUGCCCAAGCAACGAGAUCCCAAGUCUAACUAAAUACCAUCUAGAAUCAAGCCUGAGAUGUGGAAAGCAGGGGCCUCUUGUCUCUUACUGGCUGGAGCCAAGGAAGAUGAAAAGGGAAAGUACACCUCUUUGUUGAAACUGCUCAGACCAGGCUUCCGGACAGGUGCCUUCAAUUUUCGAACUUGCUGUUUGAGAGAUGAAAAGUAAUUUAUUUGUUUUGCUACCCAUUGCUUUAUUGUCCCUUUUAAAAAAAUCUGGAACAGACUGUGGUGGGGAGCAUGUCAGGUGUGGGCUUGGUUUUACUAGCAGCACAUUCCCACGUGUUAAGAUACUCAUUCACCUCUGGGUGUGCCCAAGCACUCCUUUUCCUUUAAAAGGGCCAAUAAUGCUCCGAACUUCCUGUCUCCUUUAGAGAGACAUGAAACUGUCACAGGUGCUAGAUAAUAAAAGGGUGAUGUUCUAGGGUGCCUGGGUGGGCUCAGUUGGUUAAGCGACUGCCUUUGGCUUAGGUCAUGAUCCUGGAGUCCCGGGAUCGAGUCCCGCAUCGGGCUCCCUGCUCAGCGGGGAGUCUGCCUCUCCCUCUGACCCUCUUCCCUCUAGUGCUCUCUCUCCUUCAUUCUCUCCCUCUCAAAUAAAAUCUUUUUAAAAAAAAAA